AUGCAGAAGGCGGGCCCCGGCGGCCAGGAUGUGGGGCAGUCCCUGCGGGUUCUAGGGGGCUCCUGGGGGCCAUGGCUGGGGGGCCCUCCGCAGGAGCAAGAAAAAGCCUCUUUAAAAGGGCAGGGCCUGGCCGCGCGGCUGCCGAAUUCCUGCCGGGGUCCGCCGGUGGGGGACGAGGGUGAGGGAAGCAGGCAGCCCCCUUCCCCGCGCCUCUCACCCCGCGCAGCUCCACCGGCGGCCCCCGGCUCCGCAUCCCGGGCCACGAUCGCCGGGAGGGGCGGGGCUGGCGGAGCCCCCCCAGGACGGGGUGGCGCGCCCCUCGGCCUCGUCACGCGCGGGGCGGCCGGGCGGCCCCCAUCCUCAGCAUCGGGCUCCCGGUCGGCCCCAGCCCCUGCCCCCGCCCGCGCCGCUUCCCGGGGCCUCAGGCAGUGCCUGAUUGACGUGCUCGCUGCCGCCGCGCCGCGGUGCCGCCUGGGAGUUGUAGUCUCCGGCAGCGCGACUCACUGGUCGGUCCCCAGUCCCCCAGCCUCCAGAGCCCGGCUGCGGGCCUUGGGCCGAAGUGAGGAGUGCGCGUGGGCGAAGGAAUUCUCCCGGGAAGAUAAGCCUGGCCUCAGACCCUCCCUGGGACGCCGUGGGCCGGACGCCUGGAGGAGGAGAGGAAGAGAGGUCCGAGAGCUCCUCACAGACCCUGCGAGGGCCGCGGCCCAAGGGCCCUUGUUCUCAGGAAUGAAUCUGAGGACAGGCAACAUCUUGGUGAUGCUCCAGCCUUUCCAGCUGACUUGGUGUAGAGGACCUGUGGGAUGUGCUGAGGGAGAGGAGGGUGGCAGUGUUUCGGAGGCUGCCCCACCAGCCCAGGUUAACGAAGGAAGAAGCGGAGCAGAGCCCAGCCCACCCAUGUUGGACAUGGCACAAGAGUCAGUCUCCACCUUUACGUGA